AUUGUGUUGUUACGGCAUUAAGUUGCAUUCAUGUUUUUAAAUGACAUCGAAUUCAUAUACUCGUGUUUAUCAUUAAAAUAUGUGUAUGUCGUGCAAUUAAUAUAUUCGUGUUUCAGUUUACUUUUUUUCUACAACAAACUCACUAAAUUGAGGGAGGCAAUAUGUAUGUAAAAAAGGAGUACAACACACGUACAUAGUUUAAAUAUGAUGUCGUUCAAUGUGUAUUUAUCAAUAACAAAAAACAAAUUAAAUCCGCCCAAAAACAGAAGUUUAGUAAUUUGUUAAUAAGUAUUCUAUUAUUGAAAAGAUACGUUUGCAGUUUGAAAGUGAAAUGUUCAACAUCUGAAGACAAUUUUUACACAGAUCGUUAUUUCUACAAUAUUUUAUACCAUAAUCAGCGAACGUUCGCGUUAUCGUAUUCAUGUCCAUGUUACGUUGCUUGCACCUAUGAAAUCACUGAAUGUAUACAAGGUGACGGCGGUAUCGGGGGCCGUCAGCUUGGUUACUUUGGAAAUUCAACUACGCCCCCUUACCUUGUGAGCAACAAGCCCAUGUAUAUUCGCUUCCAUUCCAACGCCAAUGGCCAUGCACGAGGUUUCCGCGCGUUCUACUCGCCUUUGCAAAUAGGAGACACUAUACAUCUCGGAUGCGGACCUUCCAGCUGGAAUUUAGCCGUAAACACAACCAUGCUGAGAGUGUUGUACCCCGAUACCGGCGUGUCCCAUAUCAAACUCACCAACCAGUACUGUACGGGGAGGGUCAUGGGGGAUUUAGUGGUGUUCAACCAGCACUACACCGAAUGUUCUUCGACUGCAAAGACCAACGCUGACAAUGUGGUGUAUUCUAACCAACUCGUCUACCCAGAAUCAAACACGCCUUUUCCGAUAAUCGUGCAUGGUUACAGAUGGAAGGUAAAGGCUAGGCUUCUUUACUGUUUAUAA